AUGGAAUGCGCCUUCUUGGCUGGUAAUGCUCCAUCUAUGCCUGCUGGCAGUCAUGAGAUGCGAGAAUACUUCUCCGACCGAGACCCACCUCGAUCUACACCACAUACUGCACCAUCCGUCACACCCUACCUGGGUCUACAGGCCCGACUAUCUCAAGUUUGGAUAAAUCGCUGGACGAUUUUGUUGUUACUUGUUCUUGCCCGAACUCUCAUCGCCCUUCACGAUCUUAAUGGAAACCUUUCCUCGGCUCGUAGAGAAGCCCUAUCAGCAUGUACAUCAGUCGAAGACAUGGGUUCAGCCAUGGCAUCAAUGCCUCACUAUAUGUCCCAAGGAGUCAACGAACUUACAGCCUCUGGUAUCGAAAGAGCUGUCAAUGGCCUUUACUCAAUGGCGACGAUGAGCGUGACAGCCGUUGAAGAAAUAGUCGUGUUCGUGAUUGGUCUGAUGACCAAUACUUACCUCUGCUUGAUCACUCUCGUCGUUAGUGGUAGUCUUCGUGCCGUCAUUGGCGUGAUCGAGGACGCCAACAAGAAGCUCGGCGAGCUCGUCUCGAGCAUUGGCGACGACAUGGGCACCGCCCUGUCUGGCAUCGACAAAGCUCUGGACGGUGUUCGAGACGCUGUACAGAAGAUCACGCUCGGUCUCGGGAGCAGCCUUGUUGUUCCUGAUAUUGACCUCACUAAGCAGAUUGACGCGGUCAGAAACCUCAAAAUGCCCGAAGGACUCGAUGCAGAUCUGCAGAAGCUCAACAACUCAAUACCAAACUUCGAUCAAGUCAAGAAUUUUACCGAAACCGUUAUUCGCACGCCGUUUGUGCUGCUCAAGAACGAGAUCAACGAGAGUUUGGGUGUUUACAACUUUGACCGAAGUCUCUUUCCGGUUCCACAGAAAGAGCAGAUGAGUUUCUGCAGCGACGACAACGGUAUCAACGGCUUCUUCGAUAGUCUUGUGAAGCUCAUCUACGACGCCAAGAAGAUCUUUAUCGGCACUCUCAUAGUUGCGGCUAUCGUAGUUUGCAUCCCUAUGGCUUACCGAGAGAUCCGUCGCUGGCGUCUUAUGCAAGACCGAUCCCGUCUGGUCGGCAGCAAUGCUCACGAUCCUCUUGAUGUGGUCUAUAUUGUCAGCCGACCACACACUUCUGGUUUCGGGAUUACGCUCGCAGGCAAGGUCAAAUCCCUUCGAAGGCAAUAUUUGAUCAGAUGGGUUGUCGCGUACUCUACAACUGAAGCUGCGCUCUUUGUGCUUGCACUGGGCAUUGCUGGCUUGUUUACCUGCCUCUGCCACCUCAUUAUUCUGAGGCAGAUUCAAGCUCAAGUACCACAACUCACAAGUCAAGUUGCAGAUUUUGCCGAUAAGGUCAUGUUUCAGCUCAAUAACGCUUCCGAGCGAUGGGCACUAUCAACAAAUGAUGUUAUACUGCAAAAACAAAGCGAUAUCAAUGGAGACAUGUUCGGCUGGGUCAAUAUAACUGUAAACGCAAUCAACGACACGCUUAACAAGUUUACAUCGGAGACCACGAACGUCCUCAAUUCGACUUUUGGUGGCACCAUCUUGUAUGACCCGAUCACUGAAGUUUUUAACUGCUUGGUCGGACUCAAGAUCGAAGGUAUCCAAAAGGCACUUACCUGGGUUGAGGACCACGCUCACGUCAGCUUUCCACAAUUACCCAAGGAUACAUUCUCACUUGGUGCAGCUGCCUCACUCGCUGGAGAUUCGUCGUCUGACUCAUCGUUUCUCGCCUCACCUGGCGACGCUACAGCAGACAAAAUCUCUUCAGCCGUGGUCCGAGUGACUAACAGUUUACUCGACGACAUCAAGACCGAGGCGAUCAUUUCCACCGUUGUCGUGCUGAUCUGGUUCUCCAUCGUCCUUGUCGCAAUUCUACGUGCUCUGAUACUCUGGUAUGGUCGCGACAAGACACGAGGCGAAGGCGGGAUACCGAACUUCGAUUCCGUUUCACCCACAAACUGCCACCCAAGCAUCAGCGCACCUAUGGAUUUCAGAACAGAUGGCCAAGAUCGCUUCAAGAGCACAGACGACAACUUUACGGAGAUCCCAUUGCAAGAUGAGCGCCAAGUUCCUGCUGAACCGGCACCGCACUACAGCAGGGACGAUCCUUUCGGCGACGAAAAAGCUGCUCCUGUGCGAUUGACCUUGCAGACGCAGAAUCUAGCUCAACGCCAGAGCUACUAUGGCGAUAAUAAGGCGUGA